AUGACCAAAUUUGUUGGAUGCAUUGAUUUGCAUGAUGGACAGGUGAAACAGAUUGUAGGAGGGACGCUAAAGGACAACGAUGACUCAUUAGAGACUAACUUUGUUUCGAAGUAUCCGCCAUCAUACUACGCUCAACUGUAUUUGGAGAAUAGAAUUGAGGGCUGCCACGUUAUCAAGUUGGGACCAAACAACGAUGCAGCAGCUAUGGAGGCUCUCAAUGCUGCUCCAGGGUUUUUACAAGUUGGCGGUGGAAUUAACGAUGAGAACUGCUUGCAAUGGCUAGAGAAGGCAAGCAAGAUUAUUGUAACAAGUUGGCUUUUCACUAAAGAGGGCACUUUUCUAAUGGAUAGGCUACAGUUAUUAAGCAACAAGUGUGGACCUGAUAGAAUUGUUGUUGAUUUGAGCUGUAGAAGGACACCAGAUAGCAAAUGGGUUGUCGCUAUGAAUAAAUGGCAGACUUUGACCACAUUGGAGCUAAAUAAGGAAACAUUUACCGAGCUUAGUAAAUAUACAGAUGAAUUUCUAAUUCAUGCUGCUGAUGUGGAAGGACUGUGUAAAGGUAUUGAAACAGAUUUGGUAACAAAACUUUACGAAUGGACUAAGGACAUUAACAAAGAAGUGAAGAUUGUUUAUGCAGGGGGCGCAAAGAGUAUUUCUGACCUAGAAUUAGUUGAUAAAUUGAGUAAUGGUACUGUAGAUCUGACGUAUGGUAGCUCCUUAGAUAUCUUUGGUGGGAAGUUGGUCAGAUUUCAAGAUUGUUGCGAAUGGAACUCGAAGCAUAAUUAA